CCCAAUCAAUGGCAAUCAUCCACAUCGAUCACGUUUCCGUUUCAUUUUGUUCCCAGCCAAAAAAUCAUCUGUUUGGCUGUUCCGUUUACUCCGUACCCUGUAGUAUUUUUAUCCUCCCUGUAAACACCUUUGAACAGAUUCCCUAAAGAAUGGCGUUUCUCUCUCCAGCCCAUAUAAGAUCAUACGUUCUGUAUCCCCUCUACCUGCUAUUCCGCGCGCUCUUCAUGUUCGCUUCCUUCGUUGUUAUCUCUGGUCUGGUGCUAAAAUUUCUCUUUUCCUUCUUCCCGUGGACAGUAUGCUUCUUCUGCUAUCUGAACCACGCCACCUGGCCCCCCAAAUAUAUCAUUGACUUCAGCAAUCUCUCCAUGCACAGCCUACAAGGCGAUAAUCUGUAUCUGCGCUCCAACGGCAUCACCCUCGGUGUGUGGCGCAUCCCCCCGGAGGGUCCGUUACUGCCUUCCGCGACGGAGCUCCCCGUCAUCCUCUAUGUCCACGGGAACGCCGGGACCCGCGCGUCCUUUACCCGCGUGGAACUGUAUAAAAAUCUCCGGAAAAUGGGUUUUACCAUCGUGGCGUUUGAUUAUCGGGGGUACGGGGAUUCCAGUGGGGCGCCGUGGGGGGAGCACGAUCUGGUGUUGGAUGGCUACGCCGUGUACGAGUGGAUUCGCAAGGAAUACCCAGAGAAGGAAGUGUUCAUCUGGGGACAUUCACUGGGCACGGGUGUCUCCACCCAUCUCGUCCAGCAUCUGGAGGGAAUGGGCCAUGCCGUCGAUGGACUGGUGCUGGAUUCCCCGUUCUCCGAUAUGCUGGAUGCGGCCCGCAAAUUCCCGCUGUUAUCGCCGUUUCACAUGGUACCCGGAUUCACCGACAGCUUCACCAGCGCCAUGCGGACCAUGAGCAUCAACCUAAAUAAUUCCGCGGCGAUUUUAACGCUGAAAGUGCCCGUGUUGAUUCUGCACGCCGAGGAUGAUCGGAUUGUCCCGAUUGAGCUGGGACGGAAGUUGUACGCCACGGCUAAGCAGCGGCCGGAGCCCGUGGAGUUUGUCACGUUCCGGGCGGAGCUGGGCUACGGGCAUAAAGGGAUUUAUCGGGAUCCGGAUCUCCCGCGGAUUGUCAACGAUUUCUUUACGGUGUGCCGGCAAUACCGGGAUUCCAAGCGGGCGAAUAUUCACAUUGAGAAAGUCGAAGCUUAGAUUUUCUGAAAAUAAUUCUGGUCAUUUUUGUGGGGAUUGGUUGGAGUCGUGGUUUGAGACGCACAGGGGACAGAGAUAUGCAUUCACUGCAUACCCCGCGUAGGUCGCAGCUGACUGGUCAAUACUCGGGAUUUUAGUCAUUUUCAGUUAUCCGGAUCUUCGUUACAAAGUGUGUUGGCGCAAAUGCCAUUGGACCAAUGACGCUGUUAUUUAUUUAUUGCGGUUUGGGUGGGUUGGGAUGGAUUCUCCGGAAUGAUGCUAUUUGCUUAUUUGGCUGUGUUUCCGUUUUGAUGGUUCUAAAGAGGGCUUUCGGUUGUCGCCGUUCGUUUACUUGGCUGGUAACUAGUUUUUUUUUUUAUUUUCAAACGACUGUUCCUUUUUCUGCGGUUGCAAACGAUGCCUGGCUUGGAUAUUGCUGACUGCUGUAGUAUCGCUGUUAGUUUUGCUGUUUUACUAUACACGGUUGGGCCCAUGCACCCGAAUGCCGAAGCUGUACAACUUGCGGAAUACUGAUCUUUUAAUAAAUGUCAUUCAAAUUAA